CUCCUGCGCGAGGAGUCUGGGAGUUGUAGUGCAGCGUUGGGAAUGACGGAGUCUGGUUGCCGGGCAACGCGCAGGCGGCUCUCCGGACUGGUUGCUAGGAGACCGAGGACGCCGGGGAGAGGGAGCAGGGACCGGCGGGAGAGGAGAGCUACCUACCGUGGACACAGGGCACUUCUAGAGAAUACAUCUGCCAGGCUGCCAGUCACUCUGUGUCUGCUCUGUCAGAGACUCCCCUGUGCCUUAGCUUCAUACCCUGCUGCUGAGGAGCGACUGACAGCAACAGAGUCAAUUCUUCAGCGACAGAGGUGUGCAAGACACAGAUCGCGUGUAAGACAGAACAUAGACCUGUAGCUAUGGAGACGGCACUGGCAGAAGUGAGCGCUCGCCCCCCUGUGCCGGUGAACAUCACGGUUCUCAGAGCACAUGAUCUGAAAGGAGUUAAAGGCGACUUCCCAGUGACUUAUCUGAGAUCAGAGUUUAACAACGUCCUCCUCGGAGACUCCCCCAAACUGGAAGUCGCCCCGGAGAAGGCUACUGAGUACAAUUUCUCCAGCAGCUUUGACAUUGGUGCAGAGAGCCCCCACAGCCUGGAUGAUGUUACUCACAAACCCGUCAUAUUGACUGUCAUUGAGAUCUUACCCAAGGAGAAGAAGCAGAAGGAGGAGAAGACCGUUGUCCUGGGACAAGCAACGGUGGAUUUGCUCCCCUUACUGCGAGGAGAAUGCAACUUCAAGGUGACCGCUCCCCUGUACCCAGUGACUGGCUCACUGCUGGAGUCCCGUCUGGAUUCCAAGGCAAGCCUGGAGGUGUCUGUGUCUAUCCCAGCGCCUUUACUCACUGAGUCCCAGAUAAGUAAUGGCAACCUGCUCAGAGCGACCGUAGAAGCCGCUUAUUGCGUCCCUGACUCCUGGAACCCUACAGGACCACAGUUCAACUACGUGGCCAGCCUGCAGAUACCCAUAAAGGGGGAGAUGCAGAGAGAUCUCCCUCUUAUAUUCUCCAAUGGAGUCCUAAAGGCGGGUGGGGAAAGCGAGACAGUCUCUCGGCAGAAGAGGUGGCCCGUCAGCGGAAUCGCAGCUCCAGGAGCGCAGAAUAUCCCAGAAGCCUUCAUCCUGGAACAAGUGUAUGAAGAAGAGGAUGGAGAAAUGAAUGGGAAAGAGGACAAGGAGUUCCGUGUAGAGGCGGAGAUCCACAGGAAGAGAGUGACAUGGGACAUAGAGAGGCGCUGCUACCUGGAUCAGUCCACCGUGAUCAGCUUGCAGAGGCGGAUUGCAGAAUGCCGGUACUGGCCGGUGGAGAUAAUGAGGGCCCCUCUUUCCACCACCAGCAAAUCCAAGCCCAGCAAGGCUGAAAAAAGCGAUGAGGAUGCCCAGGUCUCAUUCCAUGGAGUGGCGUAUGUAAAUAUGGUGCCUCUGCUGUACCCAGGUGUUAAGCGCCUGCGCGGAGCCUACCGCGUCUUUCCCUAUCAGGAGUCCGAGGUACUGGAGAAGACAAAAUGCCAGUCCAGCGUCCUGCGGGAUCUCGUGCGUCAGGACAGCUUGAUGAGUAAACUCAUAUCUGUGCCACCAGGCCUCAAUUCUCCUCAUAUGAAGCCGGCGCCCAGCCGUAUGGCGAGAGAAGAGAAGGGCUCCAAGGAGAAAGACAUUAGACGGAUGUCCGCAGUGCAGAAGACAACAGAUGCAGCAGACACUGACCCAGUGGCAGCAGUUACUCCAUCUGCCAACAUUGAAGGGCAGCAAUACGCAGAGGCCAGGACAUAUGUGGUGCUGGAACUGACCUUGGAGAAACCAUUGGUCCCCAAACGGAUGGCCGAGGAGAUGGCUUUGAAGGUAAAGGACCUUGUGCCAGCCCGGCCUCAGCUUAGUCGACGCACUGCCGGAGCCCAGAAGGCGGUUGUGGACUAUCACAGCCAGGUCACCAGUAUAACAAGUUCCAUCCUAGAAGAGUACUGCGAGCUGUUUGGCCAGCAGGAGACUGCAGGGCUGGAAGUGGAUCCACAAGUCCUGGAGGAACAGAAGUGUCAGCUCAACUAUGAGUUAAACUGUUCAGGGAAAUACUUUGCCUUCAAGGAACAACUCAAGCACGCAGUGGUGAAGAUUGUGAGGGAGAAAUACAUGAAGACCACGGCCUUUGAGGACCACGAUGAGCUGCAGGCUUUCCUGAGCGAGCUGUACGUCUACCUGGUGGAUCAGAUGCACGUCAGUCUUAACAAGAGCCUGUUUGGUGACAGAGAGGAACCACCUUCCGCCCCUACAACGGACUCUGAACAGCUCUUACGAUUCGCCAAGGAAGCGGAGAUGAAUGAGGACUUUGAUAUGGCAGAGAGGUAUUACCAGGAGAGACUGGCUCGGGACCGGCAGCUUAUCCAUCACUGGUUGGAUUACGGGAGUUUCAAGCUUUUGGUUGGCGACCACAUUAAAGCACAGGAAUGCUUCCACGAGGCUUUGCUGCUAAACUACGAGCAUAUUCCCAGCUUGCUCCUGUGCGGCAUAACAGCUGCUCUGAUGGACAACGUAGGCGAGGCAGAGGUGUUCUUUGAAGACGCUACAUGUGUGGACCCCAGCAGUGCACUGGCGUGGACCAUGCUGGGUUUGUUGUAUGAGAUCUGGGGGAAUGACAUCCGGAUGGAGAUGGCGUUCUCUGAAGCUAGAAAACUCCACCAGGCUGAGCUGGCCACUGAGGGGUCUGCGGCUCGGUCCAACUCUUCGGACAGUGGGAGGACUGUGAUUGGAGAAGCUGGGGAGAGAGCUUCCAAAGGAGGAACAGAAGUUACAGAGGGGAACCUGCCCUCAGCCCCCGGAGGCCAGUCUUCAUCAGAAGAUCUCUCCAUAGCCACCCGCCACCCGGAGGAGAGUGCCUCACACAUGGUGCCCAAGUCUCCUUCAUCGAUGGUCACCAAGAGCAAGGCUGGAGCUGACAAAGGUAACGGCGCUAGCGAAGAUCCUCCACCCAAUGUCAGCAGCAUCUUCAUGGAAGCUGCGAAAUUCCUGGCACAGGUCAAUGCCACCCAGUUUGUCCAGAAAGCGCUGUCACACGAGCUCUUGUGUCCAGAGGGAGGACCCAGCUGCAGCUACCACCUGAUGUGCGCUCAGAUGCACCUGCUGAGGAAAGAGUAUGAUGCGGCCAAUGAGAAUCUGCAGCGGGCAUCGGAGAUAGAUCACCAGAACCCGGACGUGUGGGCUCUCACGGGGCACCUGCGCUACCUGAGCGGCCGGAAGGGCGAGGCCCGGGAAUGCUAUGAGCACACCCUCAGCUUGGUGGCUGACGCCUCAGAGAUGCAUUCUGUCUACCUCCGCCUGGGGUCCAUCUACCUCCAAGAAGGAGAGUAUGAAAAGGCCAAGAAGACGUACCUGCUGGCCUGUAAACGGACUCCCACCUGCCAGACCUGGCUGGGCGCCGGCGUCGCCUGUUACAGGCUGGAGGAGAUGCAGGAUGCUGAGGUCGCCCUCUCAGAGGCCAAUGCCCUGAAUAACAGGAAUGCCGAGGUGUGGGGCUACCUAGCUCUCGUCUGCUUAAAGACUGGGAGACAGCUGGAGGCCGAACAGUCGUACAAGUAUACACGGAAGUUAAAUCUACAGAAUCAGACUUUGAUGACAGAAAUCCAUCAGCUGCAGGAGGAGGUCGGGUUUGGUGAUCCGUCCUUCUAACACCUUGACACCUACCAGCGCAGGAGACGUCAGUGAGCCCUGUAUGAGUUGGAGGUUACUGUAUGAUAGGUGGACAUCUAAUCGGCAGUAUUUUGGCAAGCAUAACAACAGAUUAUUGUGGAAGAACUAGAAGAUGUGAUAUUGGGGCAUUUCUGCUGAUGCCUAGGACAAGUCAUAUUGGCCUCAUCUGCAUCCACGUACUAUAAUAACAUAUAUGAUCUGCAGGAGGAGAACAGGUGCUUUCACUGUCUAUGGACACUUAUGCAAGUUUACAUGUGAUUUUGAUAUCAUUUGUAGUAGUAAACAUUCCAUAUGAGCCUGGCCUAAGAAAAGUGUUAUGAUCAGCAAAUAAAUGUAUGUUUGUGAUAA